AUGACAAAAAAAUGGUUCGUUCAUAAUUUAUUAGGGUGGGAAUUUUGCAAUUCACAACUAAAUAAAUUAUAUAGGAUCCGAGUGAUCGAGGGUUGUCUGGUCAUCAUGGAAGUGCAAGGAAGUCCGGAUCAGCCGGUAAUCCCACUCUUCUUUAGGGGACGAGAGGUGUUCAUCACGGGUGCCACCGGCUUUAUGGGCAAGGUAUUGGUGGAGCGCCUGCUGGCUACGUGUCCAGACAUCGGCUGCCUGCAUCUCCUGAUGCGGACCAAGAAGGACCUAACGCCUGAUACACGGCUCCGGGAGCUGAAACAGUCUCAGGUGUUUGACGUUCUGCGGCGUACCAGCCCCGGUCAGCUGGACAAGCUGAGGAUCGUGAGCGGGGACAUCACCAAGCCAAAACUCGGACUCUCCGAUCGAUCCAGGGCCGAGUUAGAAAACGUGUCAGUGGUUUUCAAUUCAGCGGCCACCGUGAAGCUGGAGGAGGAGCUGUCGUCGGCGGUGGAGACCAACGUGCUGUCCGUGAUGCGGCUGCUGGACAUCUGCGACCAGCUGCCUAACCUCGCGGCAUGGCUGCACAUGUCGACGGCAUACUGUCACGCGGAGCGCUCCCGGGUGGAGGAGCGCGUGUACCCGCCGGCGCCGGCGCGUCCGCUGCAACGGAUCAUCGAAGACGCGCAGCGCGCCGGGCACAUGACACCUCGCGAUACCAAAAAGUAAGGCGCGCGCCUUGACGAGCUCGAUGGCGCAGGUGGCUAGCGCGUUCGGCUGCGAUCGUUGAAGUUAAGCAACUUUCGCAGUGGUCGGUCAUUGGAUGGGUGACCAAAAAUUUACUAUCUCGAGCUCCUCCGUGUUUCGGAAGGCACGUUAAGCCGUUGGUCCCGGCUGCAUUUGCAGUCGUUAGCACCCACCAAUCCGCACUGGGCCCGCGUGGUGGGUCAUGGCCCAAUCUCCCUAUUCCAUCCAUAGGGAAGGCCUGUGCCCCAGCAGUGGAGACAUUAAUA